AUGAAAAUAAAUCAUCGGUUGGCUCUCCCUUACAAGUGAUUAUUGAACUUGAUUGCUCCGACACAGCAGAAACUGUACAAAAAUAGUUGACUCGGAACGAGCGUGAUUUCUGUGCGUAUAGUGUGUGCACAUAGAGCAGUCGAAAUGUCAAAGGUGUUACGAGUCCACCUCAAUACCUCAAUGUUAUUCCACAAUCGAUAUCUCAGUGUCCAGAAGACCCACCAUAUAUUCAACAUGGGAUUGACGAAGAGUGGAGGUCAGAUGAUUCACACCAGGAGACUCACUUCCAUUCAGCUGAAUCAACAGGAACUGCCUAAACAACCGGUUCCUGAUCUUCAUGAGACUGCUCAUAGAUAUUUGAGGUCAUUGAAACCAUUACUAAACAAUCAGGAAUACUCGAAAACCGAAAAAAUAGUGCAGGAUUUCAUUAGUGAGAGUGGACUGGGUCCAAAAUUGCAGAGAAAAUUGCAGGAACGAUACGAAAAGACUGACAGUUGGAUGAAUGAGUGGUUCUUGAACGCUGCCUACCUGGGAUAUCGAGAUUCUGUACUCCUCAUGUCAAGUCCUGGGACCGUAGGACCGCCCCAGGACUUCAAAUCCCCUGAGGAUGUCCAGAAAUUCGCUGCCCAAUUGAUCAUCGCCGUUUCCACUUACGAUAAUUUAGUAAAAAAAGGCGAUAUGAAACAAGAGAUGGUCGGUAAGACCCCCCUGGACAUGCAGCCCUACGCCCUGAUCCUGGGCACCCACAGGAUACCAGGACUUCCCCUCGACAAGCAAUUCCACACCGACACAUCCCGCCACGUCAUAAUCCUCAAGAACCAGAAUAUUUUUAAAUUACCGCUCAUCGAUGCCAGUGGAGUUCCCCUAACUGAAUCGCAACUGACUGCCGCCAUCAAAGACAUCUUCGAUCGCUCCACGAGCCCGGGGAUCCCUGUAGGAAUCCUCACAGGGAGCCCCAGGGAUACGUGGGCUCAGGACUUCGAGGUCCUGAGGGCUAUUGGUGACAAUUCAAAGCUGAUAAAAGACAUCGAGGAAUCUCUGUUCAUCGUCUGUCUGGACAGGGAAAUUCCUCGUGAAAAAUUCGGGGGGAAGAACAUUUCCUCGGUGAGGGCUAAACAGGCCCUCACAGGCUUCAGUAUUGACAGCAACUCCGGUAAUAGGUGGCAUGACAAAACAUUGCAGUUUAUUGUUUCUGAAGAUGGAUUCGUUGGGACUGAAUACGAACACAGCCCUUGCGAGGGUGGGCCCAUUGGUGUUAUUCAGGACUUCGUUCUGAGAUAUGUCGAUAGCAGGAAGAGUUCGGGCUCAAAAAAUUCAGGACAGGACGAGGUAUCGGGAUCACCUCGAGAUUUUCCGAAACCUGAACUCCUGAAAUUUGAAAUCAAUCAGGGGAUUGAGAGAUCCAUUCAAGAGGCGACGAAAUUUGUUGAUGGAAUGUGCAGUAAAAUUGAUAUGGAGUGUUUCACGUUCAACAAUUUUGGCAGUGGGGAGAUCAAGAAACUCAAGAUGAGUCCAGACAGUUUCAUCCAGACCGCCAUGCAGGUGGCUUUCUUCAGGAUGCAUGGAAAACCCCCGGCCCAUUACGAGUCCGGGGGACUCAGGAGGUUCAGGAGCACUAGGACUGAGGCAAUCAGGUCGACCAGUGUCGAGUCUGUGGCCUUCGCUCGGAUUAUGAUGACAGGGGUGUCCAAGGGGGAGAAGAAAGAGGCUCUGGUGAGAGCUAUUGAUGCACACAAGAGGAUCGCUGGGGAGGCGGUUACUGGAGCUGGAGUUGAUCGUCACCUCUUCGGAUUAAAAAUGAUCGCGAAGGAAGAAAAAAUAGAACUUCCAGCUCUUUACUCCGAUAUUGGAUUCACCAGGAGCUGUCAUUGGAAUCUGACAUCGAGCCAAGUGCCUUUCAAGACUGCAUCAUUCAUGUGUUACGGACCAGUCGUGGAAGAUGGUUAUGGAUGUUGUUAUAAUCCCAGACCAGACGAAAUAUUCUUCGCCUGUUCGUCAUUCAAUUCGUGCAAAGAAACUUGCACAAAAAAAUUUGCUGACAUGUUGCGACAGGCCCUCUGUGAUAUGAAGAAUGUCGCCACCGAUUGAUUGUUACGUUAUUUUAUACAUUGCAAACAGAUAUUUUGUUAAUUGUCAGGGUGGAGGAGGGUGAAAGAUUUUUUAGAGAUUUACCUAUUAAUAAAGAGUCUACAAAGCA